AUGGCCUCCAGUAUGAGGACACCAGGCAUAACCACGGCCUUCCUGGCACUGCUGCCCAGCAUAGCACUGGGCGCGGUCCCUGUAUCUCUGUCGCCUCCGCCGAAUGCCAGCGAACCUCUUCUGGAAUCAUUUGUGUCAUUUUCGAUCGAGUUUGCCUCAUUUCCCGAUUUCGCCGGAAACUCGAGCCACCCCAACAACUUCUCGUACAACCUGUUGACCAACCUGGGGAAACUGCAAGGAUCGAAUCCGAUCAUUCGAGUUGGUGGGAACACGCAAGACUAUGCAACGUUCAACGCCUCCCAAGAAGCUGCAUUGAUCGGCACUUUCGACUAUAGUCGGUCUCGAGACUAUCCGACCACCAUCUCCAUCGGCCCAGCUUACUUCGACUCAUACUCGACAUGGCCUGGACUGACAUACAUCCACGGCUUCAACAUGGGCAAGAACGGCACCGUGGGACACGACACGCUCGUGGGAACCGUGCCCUUGGUAUGCAAAGCUUUGGACACAAACAAGCUCGCCUACUGGCAACUAGGCAAUGAACCGGACUUGUUCAAAACCAGCGCGCAAGGACCCGUCCGACCGGCCUGGUGGAACGAGGCCGACUACGUUGAAGAAUGGCUCAAUAAAACCCGCACGAUUCGCCAGCUCGUCGAGCAGAAUUGCCCUGAAGUAUUGUCCUCUGGCAGGUUCAGAUUCUAUGCGCCCAGCUUUGCGGGCACGUCGAACAGUUUGAAUUUAAUCACUACGUGGACGGCGGGACUAGAUGCGGACAAUGAUAUUGCGUUUAUCGAUAGCCACAACUACAUCGGCGGCGCCACCCAACCAGGCGUGACACUCCAAGGAACACUAAUGAACCACACUUCGACCGUCUUGUCCGUGGCCAAACACCUCAAUGAAUCGAACAUUCUUCGAGCGAGCGGUUCGCAACUCCCCUAUAUCCUCGGCGAGACAAACAGUCUGUACAACGAAGGCGCGCCAGGUCUGUCCAACUCGUUCGGCGCUGCGCUCUGGGGUGUCGAUUUCAAUUUAUAUUGUGCGGCCACGGGGAUCAAACGCGUCCAUAUGCACCAGGGAACAAACUACCGCUACGCCUCGUGGCAGCCUGUCCAGACGGUCAACGAGUCACUCGGCACAAAGGCACCUUACUACGGCAACGUCAUGGUCGCCACUUUCUUGGGCGAUUUAAAUGCUGGCAAAAACGUGACGAUCGGCGACAUCGAACUUGGUGGUGAGCCAAGUAUCUACCAUAGCGCCUAUGCGGCGUACGUCGAUGGUCGACUCAAGAGGAUUGCCGUCAUCCAGAUGCGCGCGUAUAAUUAUACUACUACAGAUACAGAGCAAUCGGCAAGACCAAAUGAAUCGUUUAGCUUUCACCUUCCAAGCAGCACAGGAGGAGGGGAAGGAGAAGAGGAAAGUUCUUCGGCGGUGAAAGGCAUCCGUGUCCAGCGCCUCCUGGCAAAUGGCAGUGAUGCUAUUACCGGCAUCACGUUUGAUGGGUCCUCGUACAAUUAUGAGCUCGAUGCCGGCCGACCUGUAUUGUUGAAUAAUGUCACCAGAGGCGAAGUCUUGCAGGUUGACGAGGAGGGUGUGGUUACCGUCGAUGUUCCGUGGUCUAGUGCUGCGAUUUUGAGUCUGGAUUGGUGA